CUGUCCGGCCCUGCCGGGCCGUGCCGAAGCCACCCAGGCCGCGCAGCCGGCGCUUUCAUGCCCCAGGACGCAGCUGCGUCGGCGCGGCUGACCCGGAGCGGCGGCGGCGCUAGGAAAGAGAACAGCAGCCAUGAUAGAAGACAAAGGUCCAAGAGUGACAGACUACUUUGUUGUGGCAGGUCUCACCGAUACAUCCACUCUUUUGGAUCAAGAAAUAAAUCGUUUAGAUACUAAGUCAACUGGACCUAAGGCUCCAAUUACAGACAUUGCUGUUAUCAUCAAAUCUGCUGGAGAAACAGUACCUGAAGGUUAUACCUGUAUUGAAGCCACUCCAUCAGCACUUCAAGCAAACUUGAAUUAUGGAAGUCUGAAAAGCCCAGAGCUUUUCCUAUGUUAUAAGAGAGGGAGAGAUAAACCACCCCUUACAGAUAUUGGAGUGUUAUAUGAUGGGAAAGAAAGGAUUAUUCCAGGCUGUGAAGUGAUCUACGCCACGCCCUUUGGUCGCUGUGCCAAUGUCAACAACAGUUCAACCAGUUCACAAAGAAUCUUUAUUACCUUUAGGAGGGCUCCUCCAGUUCGACCCCAGAACUCCUUGGCUGUAACUGAUAUCUGUGUAAUUAUAACCAGCAAAGGAGAAACUCCUCCUCAUACCUUCUGCAAAGUUGACAAAAACUUAAAUUGCGGCAUGUGGGGUUCCAGUGUGUUUCUAUGUUAUAAGAAGUCUGUGCCUGCUUCAAAUGCAAUAGCAUAUAAAGCUGGUUUAAUUUUUCGGUAUCCAGAAGAUGACUAUGAGUCCUUUCCACUCUCAGAAUCUGUGCCUCUCUUCUGCCUGCCUAUGGGAGCCACCAUUGAAUGUUGGGAUCCUCAAACCAAAUACCCACUUCCAGUUUUUUCAACUUUUGUCCUGACAGGUUCUUCAGCUGAAAAGGUAUAUGGAGCUGCCAUCCAGUUUUAUGAACCUUAUUCUCGGGAACUUCUAACAGAGAAACAGCUUAUGCAACUGGGCCUGUUGACACCUGUGGAGAGAAAAAUGGUCUUCAAAUCCAUCAAUUCAAACAAAUGCAUUUGUUUACUUUCACACUGGCCUUUUUUUGACGCUUUUAGAAAAUUUCUUAUGUUUAUUUACAAACUUUCCGUGUCUGGACCACAUCCUCUUCCCAUUGAAAAGCACAUUUCACAUUUUAUGCAAAACAUCCCUUUUCCUUCACCACAAAGACCAAGAAUCCUUGUACAGCUGUCAGUCCAUGAUGCAUUAAUAUUAUCACAGCCAGUUUCUACACCUUUACCACUAAGCGGAGCCAAUUUUAGCACCUUGCUGAUGAAUCUGGGUCCUGAGAAUUGUGCAACACUGCUGCUCUUGGUUUUACUUGAGAAUAAGAUUCUACUGCAUUCUCUUAGGCCAGCUGUCUUGACUGGGGUAGCUGAAGCUGUUGUUGCUAUGAUCUUUCCAUUUCAGUGGCAGUGCCCAUACAUCCCCCUUUGUCCUCUUUCCCUGGCCGCAGUGCUCAGUGCACCUGUACCGUUUAUAGUUGGAGUUGAUUCACGAUAUUUUGAUCUUCAUGACCCACCACCAGAUGUUGUUUGCAUUGACUUGGAUACAAACAUGUUAUAUGUAUCAGAUGAAAAGAAGAACAUGAACUGGAAGCAGCUUCCCAAAAAGCCAUGCAAAAAUCUACUUGGCACCUUAAGGAAAUUGUAUCCCCAGAUAUGCUCAGUACACCGAAAAACUCCAGAAGGGUCAGCGAUUGAGAUGACUCCAAUUGAAGCAGAUUUUUCCUGGCAAAAAAAGAUGACACAAUUUGAGAUGGAAACUCAAGAGGCAUUUUUGCGGUUUAUGGCAUCUAUUUUAAAAGGUUAUAGAACAUACCUUAGACCAAUCACAGAGGCUCCUUCAAAUAAAGCCACAGCUGUGGAUUCAUUAUUUGAUCGACAGGGAUUUUUAAAAAGUCGAGAUCGUGCCUAUACAAAAUUCUAUACCCUUUUAUCCAAAACACAGAUUUUUAUUCGUUUCAUUGAAGAAUGCAGUUUUGUAAGUGAUAAAGAUACUGGAUUGGCAUUUUUUGAUGACUGUAUAGAGAAGUUGUUUCCUGAUAAAGGCAUGGAGAAAACAGAUAAGGUUGAUUUGGAUUCAGCAGAAGACACCAAGUUGAUAGAACUAGAUGACUCACAGAAAAGUGAGCACACUGUGUUUAUAAUGCCACCUGAGCCACCUCCUGAUGAUGGAAAGGACCUGUCACCAAAGUUCAGUUACACAUACUUUCCAAGACUGGACCUUAAGCUUUUUGACAGACCACAGGAGUUGAAAAUUUGUUUUAGUAGACACCCUACUGGGAAUAGUAUUACAAACAGUCCAGCUCUCAUGGCUAAAAGAACUAAACAGGAGAUAAAAACAGCUCAUAAAUUGGCGAAGAGAUGUUAUACAAAUCCACCACAAUGGGCCAAGUGUCUGUUCAGUCAUUGUUACAGUUUAUGGUUUAUUUGUCUCCCAGCCUAUGUUAGAGUUUCUCAUCUUAAGGUCAGAGCACUUCAACAGGCAUAUGAUGUACUUAUUAAGAUGAGGAAAAUAGAAGUGGAUCCACUAGAUGAGGUGUGCUAUCGAGUUGUAAUGCAGCUUUGUGGACUUUGGGGUUAUCCUGUUUUAGCAGUGAGAGUCUUAUUUGAAAUGAAAACUGCUAAAAUAAAGCCAAAUGCUAUUACUUAUGGUUAUUAUAAUAAGGUAGUUUUGGAGAGCCAAUGGCCUAGUAGUACCCGCAGUGGUAUCUUCUUAUGGACGAAAGUACGGAAUGUGGUACAUGGUUUGGCACAAUUUAGAAAGCCACUUAAAAAGACUUUGCAAAAGUUACAGGUCUCCUCAAUACCAGCGCCUCAGAAUGCCACAGGUGGAAGUGAUGGGGACGCGGUGAGCCAUGGUAGCAUGGAUAGUUCUAAUGAUGCUAACAAUGGGGAGCACACUGUCUUCGUCAGAGAUUUGAUCAGCCUUGAUUCCAUUGAUAAUCACUCUAGCACAGGUGGUCAUUCUGACCAAGGCUAUGGGUCUAAGGAUGAACUUAUAAAGGAGGAUGCAGAAAUUCACAUGCUUGAAGAACAAGUAGUACAAGAAUUACUAACUAAAACAAAAGUUCAAACAGAAGAGGUGCGUGAUGUAUGUGCUAUUGUAGCAAAACACUCACAACCUAGUCCAGAGCCUCAGAGUUCUACUGAACCCCUUGCAUGGGGCAGCAGUAUUGUGAAAGUCUCAUCUGGUAUAUUUGAUAUGCACAACAGGAAAAGUAGCAAUGGUAGUACAUCAAAUGUGCUAGUUUCUGCUCAAGAUCCAGUUGAAGAUGCAGUCUUUGAUGAAGUUACUAAUUUGAAGAAGAAUGGUGAUAGAGGAGAAAAAAGACAAAAGCAUUUUCCAGAGAGGAGUUGUAGUUUUAGUUCUGCAAGUAGAGCAGGAAUGUUACUUAAGAAGAGCAGUUUGGAUUUGAAUUCAAAUGAAAUGGCUAUCAUGAUGGGAGCAGAUGCCAAGAUUCUCACAGCAGCAUUGACAUAUCCUAAGACUAGUCAACUUCACAUCACAAGGACCCAUAGCUUUGAGAAUGUUAGCUGUCAUCUAGUGGAUACAAGGACUCAUGUGUCUGAAAGCACUUGGGAUUCGGAACAUAGAUCAUCUCCUGUGCUAGAGAUGCUUGAGGAAAGCCAAGAGCUCUUAGAACCUGCAGUUGAUGACAAUGUAGCUAAAACUACUACAAGAAAGGCUACCUGUGGCAAUCUGCAAAAUGAUAGUAACAGUAAUCAGUCCAGAGACUUGAAAGCAGGAUCCAAACAUCCAAUGAGUAAGAGAAGUAGUUCACAUGGUGUUGCUAAAGCCAUUGAGAGGGAAGAUGUUGAAACUGGACUAGAUCCUUUAUCUCUUUUAGCCACUGAAUGUAUAGAAGAAAAAACUCCUGAUUCUGAAGAUAAGAUGUUUUCUCCAGUUAUUUCACGUAAUCUGGCUGAUGAAAUUGAAAGUUACAUGAACUUAAAAAGUCCCCUGGGUAGUAAAUCUUCCAGUAUGGAAUUGCAUGGAGAGAGAAACAGAGAGUCUGGUACUACUACUACAUCUAUUCACCAUUUAGAAAGGAGAUCAAGCCUACCUUUAGAUUGUGGUUCACCAGCACAGGAAAACACAGAAAGUGAAAAGAGCCCCCCUGCAGUGUCCAGAUCUAAAACUUUUACAGGGCGUUCCAAGCAACAAACUCCCCGUCGAACUUCUAAAGAUCGUUCACCUUCUUUAUCAGCAUUGGUGCGUUCCUCACCACAUAGCUCACUGGGGUCUGUAGUAAAUUCGUUGUCAGGACUAAAGCUGGAUGGUAUACUCUCAGGACCCAAGAUAGAUGUCCUAAAAUCUGGUAUGAAACAAGCAGCAACAGUAGCCAGUAAGAUGUGGGUGGCUGUAGCAUCUGCCUACAGCUACUCAGAUGAUGAGGAAGAAAGCAGAGAUUACAACUUCCCUGCUGGCCUAGAAGAUCAUAUUUUGGGGGAGAAUGUAUCAUCUAACACAAGUAUCUCAGGGCUGGUUCCCAGUGAACUUACCCAGAGCAGCACAAGCCUUGGCAGUAGCAGCAGCAGUGGAGAUGUUGGAAAACUACAUCAUUCAACAGGUGAAGUUCCAUUUCCAAGAGGCAUAAAGGGGCAGGACUUUGAAAAAUCAGACCAUGGUUCUUCUCAAAAUACCAGUAUGUCUAGCAUCUAUCAGAAUUGUGCAAUGGAGGUUUUGAUGUCGAGUUGUUCACAAUGUAGAGCUUGUGGAGCUUUAGUUUAUGAUGAAGAAAUUAUGGCUGGAUGGACAGCAGAUGAUUCAAAUUUGAAUACAACCUGUCCAUUCUGUAAAAGCAACUUCUUGCCUCUUCUUAAUAUAGAAUUUAAAGACUUGAGAGGAUCUGCAAGCUUUUUCUUGAAGCCAAGUACCUCUGGUGACAGUUUACAGAGUGGCAGCUUGCCAUCGGCUAGUGAACCCUCAGAGCACAAACCUGUUUGUGGUUCAGCAGAACCUGACUUGAUCAACUUCAUGGAUUUCCAGAAACAUAACCAGGUCAUAAGUGAAGAAGCAAGCCAGGCGGUUGACUCAAGCGAUGAAAUAAAGAAAGCCAGUGGAGAUGUCCAAACUAUGAAAAUUUCAUCUGUGCCUAAUAGUCUAUCAAAACGAAAUGUAUCUUUGACUCGAAGUCACAGUGUUGGAGGCCCUUUGCAAAAUAUUGACUUCUCCCAAAGACCAUAUCAUGGCAUAUCAACAGUUAGUCUUCCAAACAGUCUGCAGGAAGCUGUGGACCCUUUAGGAAAAAGGCCCAAUCCUCCUCCUGUAUCUGUGCCGUAUUUGAGUCCUCUAGUGCUUCGUAAAGAACUUGAAUCUUUGUUAGAAAACGAAGGUGAUCAGGUAAUUCAUACAUCAUCUUUCAUCAAUCAACAUCCAAUCAUUUUCUGGAACCUCGUGUGGUACUUCAGACGUUUGGACCUUCCCAGUAACUUGCCAGGACUUAUCCUCACAUCUGAACAUUGUAACGAAGGUAUACAGCUUCCUCUAUCAUCUCUGUCUCAGGAUAGCAAACUUGUGUACAUUCAGCUGUUAUGGGAUAAUAUCAACCUUCACCAGGAACCAGGAGACCCUCUGUAUGUCUCAUGGAGGAAUUUUAAUUCUGAAAAGAAACCGUCUCUUCUGUCAGAGGAACUACAAGCAACAAGCACUUUAGUAGAAACAAUUAGGCAGAGCAUUCAGCAUAAUGAUGUUCUUAAACCGAUCAACCUGCUUGCCCAGCACAUGAAGCCAGAUACAAAAAGACACAGGAGUUUAUACAGAGAAAUCCUUUUCUUAUCACUAGUGUCUCUUGGAAGAGAAAACAUUGAUAUUGAGGCUUUUGACAACGAAUAUGAAGCUGCAUACAACAGUCUAUCUUCCGAGAUUCUGACAAAGUUACAGAAAAUUGAUUCUCCACCUAGUGUCAGUGUCGGGUGGUGCAGGAAAUGUUUUGGAGCACCUCUCAUUUAAAUCGAGAUUCAUUAGAAUUUUGGCACAGUGUUGGUAGAACACAUUCUGUUUUGGUAAAAACUGAAAGGAAGUAAAUUUUGGGCAAUAUUCAGUGAGUUGUAAUUUGUACUGAAUCAUCUCAAAAUGUAAAAUGCCUGGAGUUUAUUGAUGUAUGUUGCAGUUUCAAUUCCUGAACUGUUUCUCUGCCUUUACUGAAAAACUAUUUUUGGAUUUCACAGUAUUUGCAAUAGCUUAAGACAUUUGUUUAUAUUUGAAGAUACUGGGUUUGGGGAAUGGCGAAUUAAACUUGCCUAACCUCAAAACAAAUGUUUCAAUUAUAAGAGUAACUAUUUGUAUAUGACUAUAUGUGUGUGGGACUGUGUAGGUAUGUGUAUAAGUGUAUAUUUAUUAAAAUACUUAAGAUUGCGUGUUGCAAUAGUUUCUGAAAGGGUUCUUCUCAUUGCCUAUUAAGUAAAUGACUACUACUAAGCUUACCUGUAGUCAUUAAUCCCCAAAUUACCUGAAAGUCAUGACAACUGCCUUUCCUUUAAAAUUUAAUAUAUUAUCACCCUUUUAUAUUAUGUAUUGCCCUGCUUAAUGGAUUAUAUCUUGAAUAUUCAGGUACCUCCUUCCAUCACCUUCCAGUAUCAUGUUAAUUUGCUAUGGCUUUAAAAUUAACUUCAUCACUUACAAAAUUGUUUGGAACAUGCCUAAAAUACUAAAUAGCAUAUUUUCUUUGGUCCUGAAAUCUUUGCUCAGGCAAGUAAAUUGGUCACUUUUACAAGCCUGUGGAAUAAACUUUGCACUGCACAUAGAAGUUUUAUUCUUGUACAGUAUCUAGAUUUGUAUUCUUGUGAGUAAAAAUGUGCAUUUGUAAAUACUGGUUUUUUUAAGUUUGAAUCAAUUAAGUCUUAAAACUUUGGAGCUUAUUGAGCUUGUUGCCAGGUUAAGUCAUGACCUCACAUGCCUUACACUUUGAUUUUUUUUUUUUUAAUACCCAUUAAGAACAGUAAGCUUGCCUUAACUGUGAAUGGUUUAAAAGUCCAGUAUGUGUGCAUUUACAGCAAUUAUGCAAAUGACUAAAUUAGUUGAUAUGAAAAAUUACCUCCACCUGGUCCAUUUAACAGCACAUACCUUUGUAUAUGGUGUGAACUUUUAAAAAUUAUAGGUUAUUGUUCCAUUGUUUCAAUACUUAAAUGUAUAAUCUCACCUAUGCAGAAUUCUAGGCUGAAUUUAUGAGAAUACUGGGUGAAAAAAGAAAUUAUGUACAAUCUUUAUUAUCUUCAAAAUGGAUUUUUUGCACCGUCUCAAGAAUAUAUAUUUUUGGAACUUAUGUAACACUUGUUGACCCAAACUUUGGAAUUACCUUGCAUAUAAAGAAAUGAGGCUGAAUAAAAUGAAAAUUAAUCUUAAAUUUGCUGUUUUAAAGUUCUUGCAAUUUGUAGGAUUGUGAGGACU